CCUCGUCAUUUUCCUUCGCAGCGUUAUACUUAUACGGGGGAAGCGGUGGUUGGUUGUUGUAGGUAGUGUAACGUUCUCUUCAAAAAAAAAAAAAAAAAGCAAUGCCCUUUUCCUUCUGCAACGUCCUUCACUCUGUCUCUCCCUUUCUCACCUCACCAACCUACUCAGUAUUCUCUUGCUAGCACCCAAACAAGCUUAACUUCUGUGAGAAAAAGCAUGAUGUCGAGAAUAAACAACAGCCUUGUCUGGAUGGACGAACGAGAAGCCGAAAACACUGCCUCCGCUUCCUGGGCCAGAAACUCCAAGCCUAACAACAACAUCAUCAUUGCCACCGGCACAACCACAACCACAGGUUUCGUCGAAACCUCUAACGACUUAGGUUCUCUCUGCGCCUUCAAGCCCAUGCUCGAUGUUGACGACGAAUGGUACAACAACAUCACCAACCACCACCACCACCAAGAUAUUGCCUUCGACCCCGACAACCUCUUACUCCACCCCUCCGCCGUGGACUCCUCCUCCUCCUGCUCCCCCUCUCACCUCCAGUUCUUCCUCCCUCCCAACCCCAAACUCAACCCCUUCGAUAUGGGCUUUCUUGACCCUCAAGCUUCUUCUUCCUUACCCCUUCUCGCCUCCGAAACAACACACUUCACACCCCCUCAGACCAGCACCACCACCGCUUUCGCCGGCUUCCAGAGCCUCCAAGAGGGUUCCUCCAAUCCUCUCUUUCUCAACCGUUCCAACAUUCUGAGACCUCUCGAGUCGCUGCCCCCCUCCGGGGCCCAACCCACCCUUUUCCAGAAGAGAGCCGCGCUCAGGAAGAACAUGAACAUGAGUGACAAUAAGAAGAGGAAGGAGAAGGAUGAGGUGGUGGUUGAGGAUGUGAGUUUCGACGGGUCUGGCUUGAACUACGAUUCUGAUGACUUAACUGAGAGUAAUUAUAAUGACGCUAAGGAGAAGAAUGGUGGUGGGGGGGUUAGUUCCAAUGCCAACAGCACCGUCACCGGUUUGGAUCAGAAAGGGAAGAAGAAGGGAAUGCCUGCUAAGAAUUUGAUGGCCGAACGACGCCGCCGGAAGAAGCUCAAUGACAGACUCUACAUGCUGAGGUCCGUUGUUCCCAAGAUUAGCAAAAUGGACAGGGCUUCAAUUCUUGGGGAUGCAAUUGAGUAUCUGAAGGAGCUUCUGCAAAGGAUCAAUGAUCUGCAUAACGAAUUGGAGUCGACGCCGGUGGGUUCUUCGCUCACUCCAGUCUCAAGUUUCCAUCCUUUGACGCCUACUCCUCCUACGCUGCCGUGCCGAAUCAAGGAAGAACUGUGCCCCAGCUCAUUGCCAAGCCCCAAUGGCCAACCUGCUAGGGUUGAGGUUCGGCUGCGUGAAGGAAGGGCAGUUAACAUACACAUGUUUUGUGGCCGCAAACCUGGUCUGUUGCUCUCAACCAUGAGGGCUAUGGAUAACCUUGGAUUAGACAUUCAGCAGGCUGUUAUCAGCUGCUUCAAUGGAUUUGCUAUGGAUAUUUUUCGAGCCGAGCAAUGCAAAGAAGGUCAGGAUGUGCAUCCGGAGCAAAUCAAAGCAGUACUCUUAGAUUCAGCUGGCUACAAUGGCAUGAUGUAACUAGUUUUGACAAGAAACAAACUGGUAGCUGCUAUUUCACAGUCAAUUUGGCAAGUUUAAUUAGAAUCAGUUUUUACUUUGUUAUGUCCACAAUUCAAGUGUACGAUACUAGCUCUGGUAACUUCAGUUAAAGUUGAGGUAGAAUAAAUUUUCACAUGAAUUUUACCCCCGGCAGCAGCAGUUACAAUUUGGUACCUUUCACAUGCUCAUGUCGAACCGAAAGUUGAUGCUACUUCGACUUCAAUUAGUUCAGAGACAUUUCUGAAGGCGCGUUUUGACGUGAAGUUUGUAUUUAUGUUUGUCGAACCUAUUGUCCUCUUUAUACAGUUUUCAACCAGGACAAAACUUUAAAGCAACUUUCUUUUUUU